GUUAUUGCACUCUCUGAAUAACACUUGUGUUACGUUUGGUAGUGUACGUUAUGUAAUAAUAUCAUUCCUUGCAUAAUUACUUAUUACUAAUAAUUCCUACUACUAUUGUCUAUAUUUAAUCAAUAGUAUAAAUAUAUAAAUUAUUUAAAUAUUUAUUGAAAGUUUCAUAGUUCGGUUAAUUAUUGUACUCUAGGUUGGCUUAAUAACCUUGCAUCGUUAGAAAAUUAUUAUAUUUAAUCAUCUUUAAAAAUAAGUGCAAUCCUUUUUAACGCCUGUUUUAACUACUGAUCACUCCCGUCAUUGUACAAUACUCAUACAUUUCUUCCAUCAUUACCAUUUCUCUUCAAUCUCGCACUGUUAGUGGAUACGUAAUACAGUUUGAAUCGUUUAAACGUUUUACAAUAAUUUGUGCUACAAUCUUGGGAUUCAACACCAACAUCAAGGGAUUGUAGAAUAGGGAAAUUUUCUACCCUUUCAUACGAAGAUUGUAAUAGAGUUCAAAAAAAGUUGAAGAAGUAAACCAAGCGCGUUAGAAAUUUCGUAUUGUUUUAUACUCGAUUAGUGAAUUAAACAAGUUGAUUUUAAUGUAAAAGAAGUUCUUCGCAAGAAGACAAAACAGCCGCCACCAUUGAGGAAGUUCUAGAUUACGAUUUUGAGUUCAGCGACGAAAACAUGAUGUCCAACGGAUUAGACUCGGGGGUUGUUGGACAACAGAAUGGAGGCAGCGGGGGCCAAGUCGGUGGGGGUCAAGAAGAGUCCAAAACGAAUCUCAUCGUUAAUUACCUACCCCAAACCAUGACACAAGAAGAAAUCCGAUCUUUAUUUUCCAGUAUUGGAGAAGUCGAAAGUUGCAAACUAAUCCGCGAUAAAGUCACAGGGCAAUCACUUGGUUAUGGCUUCGUAAACUACCACCGGCCAGAAGAUGCAGAAAAAGCAAUUAAUACAUUGAACGGAUUAAGAUUGCAGAACAAGACAAUUAAGGUGUCAUAUGCACGGCCAAGUUCCGAAGCAAUCAAGGGUGCAAACCUGUACGUUUCCGGAUUACCGAAGAACAUGACCCAACAAGAUUUGGAAUCCCUGUUUAGUCCGUACGGUCGUAUAAUAACAUCGCGCAUUUUAUGCGACAACAUAACCGUACGUCAAUUUGUCACGGGGGCCGGAGAGAAUUUGCCUGGCCUGUCGAAAGGAGUAGGUUUCAUCCGUUUUGACCAACGUUUAGAAGCAGAACGAGCAAUUCAAGAACUCAAUGGUACCAUUCCUAAGGGCUCCACCGAACCUAUAACAGUGAAAUUUGCCAACAACCCGAGUAACAACAACAAAGCCAUUCCUCCAUUGGCAGCUUAUCUAACUCCCCAAGCCACUCGCCGUUUCGCUGGCCCUAUCCACCACCCAACGGGACGAUUCAGGUAUUCUCCGCUGGCCGGAGACCUGCUGGCCAACUCCAUGCUACCCGGAAACGCUAUGAACGGUUCCGGUUGGUGCAUUUUCGUGUAUAACCUCGCUCCAGAGACAGAAGAGAAUGUUCUCUGGCAGUUGUUUGGCCCGUUCGGAGCCGUCCAGAGCGUCAAAGUGAUCCGUGACCUGCAGACGAACAAAUGUAAAGGUUUCGGCUUUGUCACGAUGACCAAUUAUGACGAAGCCGUGGUAGCCAUCCAGUCGCUAAACGGUUACACGCUGGGUAACCGUGUCCUGCAGGUCAGCUUUAAAACGAAUAAAAGUAAAACUACAUAGAGCGACGUUUAGUCAACACCAGCGCACUUGCCGGACGCUGCGCACACGCCGCCGAUAUUUAAACAUUAUUUAUUAUUUAUUGUUCACUGUUCGUGUAAAUUAUACGGGCUCUAUGUAGGUAAUUUAAUGCGACGGUGUGCGACAGCGAUCGGCAGGAACGGGGGCGCCCGCCAAAAGCGCACCUCCCUAUUUAAUAACUUAGUACUUAUAAAAAGAUACGAAGCUAGUCAGAAGUGCAUUCGCGUUUCCUAAUAGCAAGAUUUCUACGGUCUGAUGUUUUUAUUUAAUGUCUAUAAAAAUUGUGCCAUCACCGUUAACUGACAUAUUGGGAACUCGCCCAAAGAUUCAUAAUAGCUAAACAAUAUAUAUUUACAUGUAGUAUUUAUUGUAUAAUUUCGUAAUUUCGUUCAAGAUGUAAUUGGUUAGUAUAAUUUAUGUAUAUUUAUAUGUAGUGUUUUGUGUAUUUCUUAAAUUGAGACUAGUCGCAUCAACAACGGACACGCAGGCUCUGAACUUGAGUUCGGUGGUGUUGUACCGUUCGUUGUAUUUGUAAUUUGUGUUCGCGGACGGCCGUGGCGGCGAGGGUUGACUUUAAAUAAAUAAAUUACAUAGGAAUAUAUUUAUAUAUAAUUGAUUAGUUAUGUCUGCAUGUGAUAGGUGAUGGGCACCAAACUACAUGUUAAUAAAAUUAUAGGUUUUACGGUUUUACCACCAGUUAGACAUUUUAUAUCGGACUAUGCUGAAAAGCGUGACUGACUAGACGCGGACGCAGACGCGGCAUGGACGACUGAAAAUCAGUCACACCCUCACCGCACCGGUGCUCCGUUUAUUCUUGAUUGUGUGUUGUGUUUAGUUUCACGUUUACCGGAUUUCAAGCCACUUACAGCUUUCUGAUAGGAAGAAUUUGCGUGGUUUUGCUUUGAAAUGCCAUCAAAUGAGCGACGGCAAUGCUUUAGCGAGACCACAACUCUCCCAUUAAUUUAUUAUUUCCUUAUGAUUUAUUUUCUUUUCGUUUUUGGGAACGAAACGGACGUUUCGUGCCGGUUUUGACUUAUACUUUGUUAAUUUUAGUUUGAUUAUUUUAUCAACCUGGUUCGUUUAUUUAUUUCCAAUAUAAAUCGAUUAAAAUUUGAUUUUGAUUUUGUUUUCAUUUUUGGUUUCAUUACAAUUACAUUUCCUCUGUUGUGAUGUCUCACGGUGUUCGCUGACGUCGAUGCAACUUGCUACUACGCAUUGCACAAGCGGCGCGACUAUUGCGAUGAUAUUGAUCGCAGAGGUCGCGCCGCCUCUAACCACCUACAGACUAACCAGCCACUUCCACUAAAGAAUCACUUUAUUUUUAUAAAACACUCGUACCUUGAGAUCGGAUAAUAAUGAGUAUAUCGAUACAUACUAUUUUAUAGAGCAUGCUAUUAACAAUGGCAGAUUGUGUUUUGGCAUUUUGAUCAGGACCAUUGCCACUUCAUUAUACGUUUACGUAUUGCAUGUAUCGUCGGUUUGAUAAAUAAGCGAAACGCACACGCCCGCCCGGCAGCGCAGAAUACGAACAUGUACAUAGAAAUUAUAAGUUUGAUCGAACUAGGCAAAUAAGUACAAUUAUAAGGCGAGUCUUGUAGCUUUUUUGAAGGGCAAGCGAAACGAACGACUAGCAACCAGGCGAGGGAGUGCAGCGGACUUAUUACUAUACCAACUAGCACCAGUAGAGAAAAUUUAAACGGACCUCCACCGACAAUUCGGACCUCAAAACCGACCACACGAAACUCGAAAAACGACGCAACCCCAAUGAUAACGCUGACAUACACAACACGUACGUACUAUUAAUAUUAAUAAGUAGCAGAAGCGCGUUCUAAAGCGGUGCCAGAGGAUGCACUGUUCCGAAACUAUACGCCGAAACAACGCCGCGUUAGAAUGCACCAAUUUUUUCAUUUAUUUCUAUUAAUGAUAUUACGUAACCACCUCAAAGACACUACGGGUUCACUUUGUAAGCAGUUUUGAUUAUUACCAACACAAACCACCGAAUGAAAUUCGAUACUUCUGUGUAAUCUAUACGCUUUAUUCAAUAAUGCGAACCGCAACUACGCAUUUUUUUCGCACAAUUUUGGCUGACUAUUCGAUUAUUUAUUUAUUAAAGGAUUGAAAGGUAAACUUCGCUUGCCUUCGGCUUCAGACAACGAACCACUACUACUAUACUACUCAUCUUUGCCACAUUUCCAUGGUGAGUACUAAUCAAAUCAUUGCGCGUGACAAUUCAAAAAAAUCAACACCAAAACAACAAUUCAAUCAUUUUCUGCACAAAACUGCUUCACGGGACCAUAAAAAGCGCCACGACUUGUUUAAAUAUUCCAAACAUAUCGGUUUCGUUAAUAAAAACGCACAAUUAGGAGAUGUGUUUUUGAGGUGGUUGCGUAAAUCGCGUGUUUGCGGUUUUGGGGUUGGAAUUUUGAGUCGGUUUGAAAAAGUUAGAGAAAAAAAUGAUCGGGAUGAAAAUGAGACGAUUGCCCCCCGUUUGUGAUAGCCGGGCCUAUUUGCGGGGGGCUCCCGAGGUCCAAUCGGGCGCGGUCUGGGAUGUUAUAUAUAGGCUGGCCGGAAAAAGACCGCGACCAUCGCCGCGAACUCCACUGCAAACGCGUACGGGUCGACGUACAAUCUUAUAUUGUAUACAGUCUAAGUCAGUAAACAGUUAGUGUUCCGAGCACAAACUAGUGACGUAGGUGAUGUUAUUGGUUACUCUGGCCUAAAUCGAAACUCGUGUAGACUAAUUCCAUUUACAGAACAACGAUCUAUUUCAAAUGAUAUUAUAUGUCUAUCAGCAAUGCUUGUUUACCAUUCUUAGCUUCUAUUUGGCUAGCCAUUUGCUAAAUAUACCGCUUAACUUUUUUAAUCAUUGUAUAUUAAAUUGAUAUUAUUCUGAUUAUUAUGUAUUAUUACUUAUUACGAGAUAUUCUAUUAUGGUCAUGAUUGAUUAUUAAUUAUUAUGGAUUACGUAUAUCACUAUUACGUAUCUCUACAUAAGGGUUAUCUCUUUGUGUGUUGUGUAGAUCUCUAGCGUAAGUGUAACAUAGUACAUAUUCCUAUUGGUUACUUUCUCUAUGUGUGUAGCUGUUGUGUUGCGGGCGGGCGACCCGGCGAAAUGGGCGCCGCGACGCCAGCGCCGAGACGCUCGCCCUGGAUGCGGGUUCGCCCAAUCCCGCCCGGCGCCAAGCAGGGCUAUAGCUCAAAUAUUGUUGUGACGAGAUGCAUUCCAUUAUUAAGAAACCACUGAUUGAUAUAUACAUAUAUUAUAUACUCAUACUUAUAUUCUAUCUGUUUUGAUAAAAUGGUGGUUAUUAUUAUUAUAAAUAUCGAGUGCAAAAGUUAUAUGUACAGAGGUUAUAUUAUUAGGAAGUACAGUACCUCAUAAACUGUAAUUCAUGCAAUAACUUAUUAUAAGAAAGUUCUUAUUACAAUAUACUUAGCUUUAGUAUAAGAGGCGAGGUUUGUAAGAUCUUUUGCUCUACACUACCUUGCGGCGGAGGGUCGUGCUGGCGCGGACGCGUUGCGCGUUCGGCUCGGCCGUCCGUCUUCCCUCCUGGUGCCGCGAGUCUUCUAAAGGACAACAAAGGACUAUGGAGUCAGCUAGCAGCUAGCAACUAGCAAUUAGCGUUGUGCUGUCGGAUCCGGCAAGACCCGGCAAGGAUGGAAGGUGAAGUGAUCAAGUCAAGUAUUCAAGUGACGAUGACGACAUAUCAACAGACCGACUCCCGACACGGUGCACCCAUCAAGCCCUGCUGAUGGAACUGAACUGAUUCACUAAUAAAUAUUACCGAAAACUAAUUUAAUAGCCGAGCAACCGUUCUAGUAGUCGUACAUCACAUAAUGAAAAAUAACAAUAAUUUUAAAAACAAUUACCAAAACAUCGUACUAGGAGUAGUAGUAGGAAGCCGCGGCGCGGACCGCAGUCUACACCUACCUACUACCAACAAAGGUCAGAUCUCUGUGUUUCCAACUUUUAGUUACGUUUACUUAUUAUUAUACUUAAUAUUAAACUGUUCAUUGUCUUUUAUUGCUUAUUGUCCAGUGUCACAUGCUGCAUUUGUGUGUAUUAUUGUCAUUUGGUGGUUAUUUGUAAUCUAUACUAUUUAUUGUAUCAGUAAUUGAUAUUAGAUAUUGAGUAUUAGUUGAGUCGCCGUAGAGAUUCGGGAAUUGUAUCCAGCAGACGGUAAACGGUCUCCGUGCAGUGUUUAGUUAUUUGAUUGAUUGAUUGAUGUCGAUUAGCUUGUUUCGGGUUUGCUUCGAUUCGGUUCAGAUUCACGUUCGAUUGGGUUUCUUUACGAGAAGGCUGUGGAAGCUGGGAACCAGGUCAUCGGAUAGUGCGAACAGUAGGCUAAAAUAAUAAGUACACUGGCACUGGACACUGGCAAAUACUAAGUAUGCAAGUGUAAUCGCAUCGCCAUUGCGUUGCAGUCAGGACAACUUUAAUAUUACACACAAUGUUAUUGUGUAUUCCAGGCUAGAAGUCGGUGUAAUGCAAUAUUUGUACUUUUCCAUGUUGACAAAACUCAAUACAAUAAAGUAUAAAAGCUACAUUUA